AUGCGUCUGCAAGACCUGGAGGUGCAGGAGAAGGGGUCAGCCACGUUCCGGUGCGAGGUGCCGCUGCUGGGCACGGAGGCCGUGUGGUACAAGGAAGAGACGCGGCUGUGGGCCGGCACCAAGUAUGCCAUCGAGGAGGUGGGCACAGAGCGCCGGCUCACCGUGCACAACGCCUCUGCCGAUGAUGAUGCAGUGUACAUCUGCGAGAUUGCUGAGGGCAGUCGUACUGUGGCAGAGCUUGCAGUACAAGGCAACUUCAUCCGAAAGCUCCCGAGAAAGACAGCGGUGCGAGUGGGGGACACUGCCAUGUUCUGCGUAGAACUGGCCAGACCGGAGGGCCCUGUGCACUGGCUUCGGAACAAUGAAGAGUUGGUGGUGGGGGGCCGCAUAGCCAUCACCACUGAAGGCACACACCACACUCUGACCAUCUCCCAGUGCAGCCUAGAGGAUAUGGGUGAGGUGGCCUUUGUGGCUGGGGACUGCCAGACGUCCACCCAGUUCUUCGUGUCAGCCCCCAGGAAGCCACCACCACAUGCCCCUGAGGCCCCUGUGGUGAAGGCCAAGACAGAGAAUUCUGUGACUCUCAGCUGGUCCCCACCACCCCAUGGGGACUACCCUGUCACCAUUGAUGGCUACUUGGUGGAGAAGAAGCGACUGGGCACCUACACCUGGAGCCGGUGCCAUGAAGCCGAGUGGGUGGCCACUCCUGAGCUGACUGUGGCCUGCAUGGCUGAAGAGGGGGACUUCCAGUUCCGAGUGUCAGCUGUAAACAGCUUUGGCCAGAGCUCCUACCUUGAGUUCCCAGGGACUGUCCACCUGGCAUCCCAGUUGGCUGUGAAGAUGCCUCUGAAGGCAGUGAAGGCUGUGGAGGGCAGUGAGGGGACCUUCUCUGUGGACCUCAUUUCGGUCUCUGGGGGUGAGUGGUUCCUGGAUGGGCAAGGCCUGAAGGCCAGCAGCAUGUACAUGAUCCACUGUGAUGGUACCCGGCAUACCCUCACCAUCAGCUCAGUGCCUGCCAGCCUGCAUGGUGCUGAGCUCAAGUUCAUGGCCAGUGGCAUCGAGAGCAGUAUUUGCAUGGAGGUUCAAGUGGCCACAGGGCUGACUACCAAGCUUCCAGGGAAGAUUCAAGAGGUGCUGGCCCGGCUGCACGAGGAGACACAGCUUCUGGCUGAGCUUUCAGACAAGGCUGUGGCUGUAACAUGGCUCAAGGAUGGCCGAGCAUUGCCUCCGGGCCCCAUGUAUAAGGUGUAAGCUUCAGCAGGGCAGCAGGCACUGCUGGUGCGGGAUGUGGCCUGAGAUGACGCUGGCCUGUAUGAGUGUGUCAGCUGUAGGGGCCACAUCGCCUACCACCUGUCAGUUCAAGGGCUCACACCCUUUCUGCACAAGGACUCGGUGGGUAGCUGUGUGGACACAGUGGCUGGGGGCCCAGCCCAUUUUGAGUGUGAGACUACAGAGGCCCACGUCUGGCUCAAGGAUGGCUCAGAGCUUGGCCAGUCCUGCCUGCACUUCUUGCAGGAGGACAUGGGCACAAGAUGUCGGCUGGUGGCCAACUUGGUCACCAAGCUAGAUGAGGGUACUUAUCCAUGCCACGUGGGUGAAUACUUUGUGGAUUUCCAGCUGCAUGUUUGUGAGCCCACAGUAGUAUUUGCCAUAGAGCAGCCAGCACACAAUGAGGUGUAGGUUGUGGCGGGGGCCAGCACCACACUGAGCUGUGAGGUAGCCCAGGCCCAGACAAAGGUGAUGGGGUAUAAGGAUGGCAAGAAGCUCAGUGGGAGCUCAAAAAUACACAUGGAGGCUAUGGGCUGUACACAGAAGCUGGUGCUACAGCAGGUGAGGGAGGUGGAUGAUGGGGCGUACAGCUGUGAAGCUAGGGGCCAGAAGGUCACCUUCCAUCUGGAUGUCACAGAGCCCACAGUGGUGUUCGCCAAGGAGCAGCCUGCACACAGGGAGGUACAGGUGGUGGCGGGGGCCAGUGCCACGCUGAGCUGUGAGGUGGCCCAGGCCCAGAUGCAGGUGACAUGGUACAAGGACAGCAAGAAGCUGAGUGGGAGCUCGAAAGUGCAUGUGGAGGCCACCGGCUGUACCCGGCGGCUGGUGCUGCUGCAGGUUGAAAAGGUAGAUGGCGGGGAGUACAGCUGCGAGGCUGGAGGCCAGAGGGUCACCUUCAGCCUAGAUGUCACAGAGCCAGAGCCUGAGACACCAGGCCUGGAGAGAUCUGUCCACAGGGGGCUUCUGGUGGUCAGAGAGCAUGAGGAUAUCGUCCUGACUGCCACGCUGGCCACACCCUCUGUGGCUGCCAUUAAAUGGCUCAAGGAUGGCGUGGAGAUUCGCCGCAGCAAGCGGCAUGAGACUACCAGCCUGGGGUACACCCACACUCUGACCGUGCGCAGCGCGCAGACUCUGGACAGCGCAGUCUACAGCUGCCGUGUGGGCACCGAGCGGCAGGACUUCCCAGUGCAGGUGGAAGAAGUGGCCUCCAAGUUCUGCCGGCCCCUGGAACCUGUAAGCGGGGAGCUGGGCGGCACAGUGACACUGUCCUGUGAGCUGAGCCCGGUGCAGGCCGAGGUGCUGUGGCGCUGCGGGAGCAUGCAGCUCCGGGCGGGUAAACGCUUUCAGAUUGCGGCAAAGGGGCCCCAGCGCUCGCUCACUGUGUUGGACCUACGGGCAGAGGAUGCGGGCGAGUACGUGUGCGAGAGCCGUGACGACCGCACCAGUGCCAGGCUCUCAGUCUACGGUAUGCUGGUGGCUUGGGUGAGGGGACUGGGCGUUCUCCGGCAGCUUCAUGGUAAAGGUGCUCUUCCGUGGCAUCUGUGA